UCAUCGGGAUAUGCUAUUUAACGUUCCGUACUUUUUCGCGAUAUUUGGGUCUGAAUUCGUUUACUUUGCGAAAAUGUGUAUUCACGAAAUUUUUGCGUCGCUCUGGAUAACCCGAAUUUACUUCUACACAGUAACGUUUUCAUCAUUACUAGCAGGACUGCGCGCAGAGUUACUCAUCGUUGCUAAUAACUAUAGAAGAAUCGUCAUUCAGAUUCAAGCUGAACUGCAAGAAAGUAGUGGUAACAAAUUAAUAAGCAGAAAAGAUGACGCAUUUUUCUGGACCAACCUCUACCGACAGAUAGGAUCGGCUGUAAAUCAACAUGUAGAACUAUUACGAAACGUGGCAAUUAUUAAACCAGCAUUAGAAAUGGCUUUUCUAGUUAUGUACAUAAGAAUGAUUUUGUGCAUAGGGUUGUUGAGUUUUAUUGUUGUAAACUCAGGAUUGUCAUCAACGUCUGCUCUUUUAUUACCGGUUGUCGUCGGAUAUCUUGUGGAGUGUUACUGGGCCGGGAUUUUAGCUGAUUCUUUCCAAGAUGUCAAUCAGCGGAUAAUCAAUGAUAUGAGUGAGCUGUGUGUUUCUUUACCGUACAGCAAUGGCCAUCACGCAGACUACAUUCAGAUGCGGACUUCGUUAAUGAUUAUUCUGCUUUGUACGUCCGACAGUAUCCGAAUUAGCUGUGGAGGCUUUUUUCAGAUGUCAUCCAGAGUGGUUCUACGAGUGGUCAAUGUACUGUACACUGUUAGUACUUUCCUGUGGCAAAUGAAAACAAGAUUAGAAUAA